AUGGGAGAGACCAGACAGCCACAACUUAACGGAGCCUAUUACGGCCCUUCAAUUCCACCGCCGUCCAAGUCUUACCACCGCCCAGGCCGCGGCGGCGGUGGCUGCUGCUGCAACCCCUUCAGUUGCUGCUGUAGUUGCAUAGCCAAUUGUAUUUGUACCUGCUUAUGCCAAAUCGUUUUCACCAUUCUCUUUAUUGUUGGCAUAAUUGUUUUGAUCUUCUGGCUUGUUUUCCGCCCCAACACCCUUAAAUUCUACGCCACUGAUGCCUCUCAGACGGAAUUCAAUUACGAUAACAACACGCUGCACUAA